AUGAUUAAAAUAUAUCUCUCCUACUAUUCAUCUAACGAAUAGCAAUAGUUGAAUCCCACAAAAACUAAAAUAAGUAUAGAUAUCUCCUUAAAAUUUAGAUCUAUCCUUAAGAACAAUUAGGUCUGGCACUCCUCAAAUGUAACUAAAUUUAAGGUCAAUUUAAAAUAGUUCUUAUGACAUUCAAUAUACUACUUCAUAACUAUCUAAAUCAAGUAAACCUGCUGAACACAAUAAACUUUGUAAUUAAUAAAAUCAACUUAGAAUAAGAUAAUACUCCAUCUAUAAGAGGUUUCAAUCAAUACGAUUUGGAUCUGCUAAAAACGUAAGGAGAUGAUACCUUUAAAUUUCAAUCGACUUCGUAAAAUGAAAAAAACCUUUAAUUGAAACGAUGGAUUGGGGAUAAAUCAUGUUCAUCCUAUGAAAAGAUAAGAGUAUUUGAUAGAUUCAACUAAAACUAGAGAUUAAAUACAUAACCAAUUACUUCAAACACUUACAUAACUACCAAAAAAACCUCUUCAAGAGUAGAUAUGUAAUCAAAAAAUUAGUUGAAAAUCUCUCCAAAUAAUGUAAAUUUUCAAGACAUAAAUAAUACUUUCAGAGUCUAUCUGCUAAGCCAUCAAUUUAUAGUAGAUUAAAUGCAUCAAAGGAUAUCCUCUAAAGUAUGA